CCACCUCCCUACUUCUUCUCCCUCCUUUUUGUCUGUAAUUUUCUUCAUUUACUACAGUCGUCGAUCUUCUUCCUUGUUUUUCAAAUGAGCUUCUCUUUCACAUAAUAAUCCCAACUCUCCAUUUCCAGGUCUCCGAUGGAGUGGACGACGGUGCAGCAUCUCGAUCUACGACACGUCGCGCGGGGCACCAAACCCCUCCAGCCUCAUGCCGCCGCCUUUCAUCCGCAUCAGGCCCUCGUCGCCGUCGCCAUCGGCAACUACAUCGUCGAAAUGGAUGCGUUGACGGGAAGCAAGAUUGCAUCUAUUGAUAUCGGUAUACCUGUUAUCCGCAUGGCAUAUAGUCCCACGAGUGGCCAUUCUGUCAUAGCGAUCCAUGAGGAUGGUACUAUUCGAUCCUGUGAUUUUGAUGCUGAACAAACUUGCGUGUUGCAUUCACCUGAGAAGAAGUUGGAUCAAAUUACUCCUGAUACAGAAGUCCAUCUUGCUUUGACACCUCUCCAACCUGUAGUGUUUUUCGGGUUCCAUAAAAGGAUGAGUGUUACAGUUGUUGGGACUGUUGAAGGAGGAAGGGCACCAACAAAAAUAAAGACAGAUUUGAAAAAACCUAUUGUGAAUCUUGCAUGCCACCCUCGCCAUCCCGUCCUGUACGUUGCUUAUGCAGAUGGUUUGAUUCGAGCAUACAACAUUCACACCUAUGCAGUUCAUUACACCUUACAGAUCGACAACACCAUAAAGCUUAUCGGUGCUGGAGCGUUUGGUUUUCACCCAACAUUGGAGUGGAUUUUUGUUGGUGAUAGACGGGGUACACUUCUUGCAUGGGAUGUUUCUACUGAGAGACCUAGUAUGAUUGGAAUUACACAAGUGGGUUCCCAACCAAUUUCUUCAGUUUCUUGGCUACCAAUGUUGCGGUUACUUGUAACUGUAACCAGGGAUGGAACUCUUCAAGUGUGGAAGACACGUGUUAUAAUUAAUCCAAAUAGACCUCCAAUGCAAGCGAAUUUCUUUGAACCAGCUGCAAUUGAAUCACUUGACAUCCCUCGCAUACUUUCUCAACAGGGUGGAGAAGCAGCUUACCCUUUACCGCGUAUCAAAACAUUAGAAGUUCACUCCAAACUGAAUUUGGCAGCGCUUCUGUUCAUAAAUAUGACAGGUGGAGACAAUGUGAAAAAUAGGGCCGCAUACACUAGGGAAGGAAGGAAACAACUGUUUGCAGUUUUGCAAGGGGCAAGAGGAUCCUCAGCGUCUGUUUUGAAAGAAAAGCUUUCAUCUUUGGGGUCGUCUGGAAUAUUAGCUGAACAUCAACUUCAAGCUCAACUACAAGAACAUCAUAUGAAAGGGCACAGUCAUCUUACAAUAUCAGACAUUGCUCGGAAGGCUUUUCUCCACAGUCAUUUCAUGGAAGGUCAUGCCAAAAGUGCCCCAAUAUCUCGGCUGCCUCUAAUUACUAUUGUAGAUUCUAAGCAUCAUCUGAAGGAUGCUCCUGUAUGUCAGCCAUUUCACCUGGAGCUAAAUUUCUUCAGUAAAGAGAAUCGGGUUCUUCAUUAUCCUGUCAGAGCCUUUUGUAUAGAUGGGUCAAACCUUAUGGCAUAUAAUCUGUCUUCUGGAGCCGAUAGUAUCUACAAGAGACUUCAUACAUCGGUUCCUGCAAAUGUGGAAUACCAUCCAAAGUACCUGUUCUACAGUAAAAGACGGCGCAUAUUUCUUGUUGUCUAUGAAUUUAGUGGUGCUACAAAUGAAGUUGUGCUUUAUUUUGAAAAUACUGAUUCUCAGGCAGCAAACAGUAAAUGCAGCACAGUAAAAGGUCGAGAUGCAGCAUUUAUUGGUCCCGAUGAGAAUCAGUUUGCAAUUCUUGAUGAUGAUAAGACUGGACUGGCUUUACAUAUACUGCCUGGAAAGGCUACUCCAGAAGCUAAUGAAAAAAAUCUACUUGCUGAUGAAAACCAAUCUAUGAAUACUGAUACUGCUGCCCCCCGAGGUCCAAUGCAAUUUAUGUUUGAAAGUGAAGUGGAUCGAAUCUUUUCCACUCCAAUAGAGUCAACUCUGAUGUUUGCUUCUCAUGGGGAUCAGAUUGGCUUGGCAAAGCUGGUUCAAGGAUACCGCCUUUCUAAUGCUGGUGGUCAUUAUAUAGCAACAACAAAUGAGGGGAGAAAGUCAAUCAAAUUGAAACUUGAUGAAAUUGUACUUCAGGUUCACUGGCAAGAAACUCUUAGGGGCUAUGUUGCAGGAAUAUUAACUACACAAAGAGUUCUUAUAGUUUCAGCAGAUCUAGAUAUACUGGCAGGAAGUUCUGCAAAAUUUGAUAAAGGACUUCCUUCAUUUAGAUCACUUUUAUGGGUUGGGCCUGCACUUCUCUUUUCUACUACCACUGCAGUUAGUGUGCUUGGUUGGGAUGGGAAAGUGAGGACUAUACUCUCUCUCAGUAUGCCUUAUGCAGUUUUGGUUGGUGCGCUGAAUGACCGGUUGUUGCUUGCUACCCCAACAGAAAUAAAUCCCAGACAAAAGAAGGGAGUUGAGAUUAAGAGUUGUCUUGUUGGGCUCCUUGAACCUCUUCUUAUUGGAUUUGCCACAAUGCAAGAAAGAUUUGAGCAGAAGCUUGACCUGCCAGAGAUAUUGUAUCAAAUAACAUCAAGGUUUGACAGCCUGCGUAUCACUCCAAGGUCUCUUGAUAUUCUGGCCAGAGGCUCUCCUGUUUGUGGAGAUCUUUCUGUCUCAUUAUCUCAAGCAGGACCACAGUUCACACAGGUAUUGCGUGGUGUCUAUGCUAUCAAAGCUCUCCGCUUUUCUACUGCUUUAUCUGUUUUAAAAGAUGAAUUUCUGCGCUCUAGAGAUUAUCCAAGGUGUCCUCCAACCUCUCAUCUGUUCCACCAGUUCCGGCAGUUGGGCUAUGCAUGUAUCAAGUUUGGUCAGUUUGAUAGUGCAAAAGAGACCUUUGAAGUCAUAGCAGAUUAUGAAAGUAUGCUCGAUCUGUUUAUAUGCCACCUUAACCCCAGUGCCAUGCGGCGUCUUGCUCAAAAAUUGGAAGAAGAUGGCACUGAUUCAGAACUGAGGAGAUACUGUGAGAGGAUCUUAAGAGUGCGCUCUACUGGAUGGACUCAAGGCAUUUUUGCUAACUUUGCUGCUGAGAGUAUGGUUCCGAAGGGUCCUGAAUGGGGUGGUGGGAACUGGGAAAUCAAAACCCCAACUAAUAUGAAGGCAAUACCUCAAUGGGAACUGGCUGCCGAGGUGAUGCCAUACAUGAGGACUGAUGACGGUGCCAUUCCAUCCAUUAUUGCUGAUCAUAUUGGUGUUUACUUGGGUUCCAUCAGAGGACGAGGCAACAUUGUAGAAGUAAGGGAAGAUAGCUUGGUCAAAGCUUUCAAACCCGCAGGUGGUGAUAAUAAGCCAAAUGGUCUUCAAGACUCUUCAGUGACAUCUACAUCUAAUAUGUCCAAGGGAGUGCCUGGUGGUGGUUCAUUGAUGGGUCUUGAAACACUCACCAAACAAGUAGCCAGUUCCACCGCGGCAGAUGAACAGGCUAAAGCUGAAGAAGAAUUUAAGAAAUCUAUGUAUGGUGCAGCUGAUGGUAGCAGCAGUGAUGAGGAGGGAACUUCAAAAACUAAAAGGUUACAGAUUCGGAUAAGAGACAAGCCAAUUGCGUCUACCACAGUAGAUGUUGAUAAGAUCAAAGAAGCCACGAAGCAAUUCAAACUUGGUGAGGGGUUGGCUCGCCCCAGCAGAACCAAGUCAUUGACUGGAUCCCAGGACUUAAGCCAGAUGUUAUCCCAACCGCCUCCAGCCAGUAGUGGUUUUCCAAAUGCUCGUGUAGGUUCUGCCCCUGGUGAUCUGUUUGGUAUGGAUGCACCAACACAACCUGCAACUGUAUCACAGCAAGCUCCUGUACCAGGUGUGGGAAUGACAGCUGGACCAAUUCCAGAGGACUUUUUCCAAAAUACCAUACCGUCCUUCCAGGUUGCAGCCUCACUGCCCCCUCCUGGAACCUAUCUUUCAAAGAUGGAUCAAGCCUCUCAGGGGGCUGAAAGAAAUACGGAAACACUUAACCAGGUCAAUGCACCCAAAGCCCAUAUAGAUCUUCCUGAUGGUGGUGUUCCCCCUCAAGCUACUCAACAGGGUGUUCCACUGGGGUCCUUUGGACUUCCUGAUGGUGGGGUUCCACCACAAGCCCCAAGCCAGGCUACUGUUCAACAGACUCAGGUUCAGUUAGCUCAACCUCCAAUAUCCACUCAGCCUCUUGAUCUAAGUGCCCUUGGCAUUCCGAAUUCUGCCGAUAAUGGAAAACCUACUGGGCAGCCUCCUUCACCACCGUCUGCUGUGCGUCCUGGACAGGUUCCCCGUGGAGCAGCCGCUCCUAUAUGCUUUAAGACUGGCGUAUCCCACCUUGAGCAGAAUCAACUUUCGGACGCAUUAUCCUGCUUCGAUGAAGCUUUUCUUGCACUAGCGAAGGACCACUCUCGCGGAGCUGAUAUCAAAGCACAAGCGACCAUCUGUGCUCAAUAUAAGAUAGCAGUCACUCUUCUCCAGGAAAUUGGCCGGCUUCAGAGAGUCCAUGGCCCUAGUGCAAUUAGUGCAAAAGAUGAGAUGGCAAGACUAGCACGCCACCUGGGUUCUUUGCCUCUUCUGGCAAAGCACAGGAUAAAUUGUAUUCGAACUGCCAUUAAGAGGAAUAUGGAAGUGCAAAAUUAUGCUUAUUCAAAACAGAUGCUUGAACUCCUGCUGUCCAAAGCACCUCCAAGUAAGCAGGAUGAGCUAAGGAGCUUGGUUGACAUGUGUGUUCAAAGGGGUCUGUCCAACAAGUCCAUUGAUCCUCUUGAAGACCCUUCCCAGUUCUGUGCGGCCACACUUAGCCGUCUGUCAACCAUUGGAUACGAUGUUUGUGACCUUUGUGGGGCUAAAUUUUCGGCUCUCGCAACGCCUGGUUGCAUUAUAUGCGGUAUGGGAAGCAUCAAAAGAUCAGAUGCACUUACAGGGCCGGGGCCUGUUCCUUCGCCGUUCGGUUGAGGUUUAAAUCUCAUCAAUAGGGUUCUUUACCGUCUGGCUUGGGUUCCAGACAUUGUAGAGGACCUGUGGACAGACUGAGAUAAUACCACUGCCCAUUAGAUAAUGUAUCAUAUACCUGUGUAUUUGAGGUUUUUUUUUUAUUUUGGUCUGAUGUGUAUUUGAGUUCGAUGUCAUGCCUUUGUGAUUAUUUUAUGUUCCAUGUAGUUAUUCCCAUUUUAUUGUCAAUUUCUCAUAAUCCACCCUUAUAUUGUCAUAGCAAAAUCAUUGAUAUUCCCAGUUUUGUAAUACUAAUUUGUACCGACCUGGAUAUGAGUAAAUGACAAAUUUAUUCUUUGUUC